AUGCUGGCGGUGAUCACGGCUCGCAAGGCCAUCUACAACAUCGAGUCAAACCAAGCAGCAUCGCUGGUGGGAGCAGGGGACGUGGGGGCCCUCAAGGACCCGCAUCUGCAAGCACCGGACGACCUGGUGCUGCGCAUGGCACGCUUGGCGCUCUCCUGCGCCGCCAUGCCCACGGCGUCUCGCCCGGGCAUGAGCCGUGUGCUGGCAGAGCUGCUGUUGCUCAAGGAGGAGUUCUUCGGGGAGGACGAGGACCGCAUGGCUGUUAGGAUCGACCACGAGAUUGAGAGCUCUCAUCAGGUCGACUUCAGCCUGGAGCUGGCGCGUAUUGAGGGCAUUCAAUACGGUACUUAG